CUGGGCGAGGACGGGGACCAGGGAGGACUUGAUAUCAAGUCGUUCUCGCUUUCGCUCUCGUUUUCUCUCUCCAGGCGUUCCGAACCCUGGAUGGGCUCCACGGGGUCGGCCAUGUCUCCCGUAAACCCGCAGCAUGUCCAGGCUAGCUUGGAGAUGAAAAAAGAAUAAAAACGAAAAGAAAAGAAAAAAGUAAGCAAUACAUAGCUUGUCUCCAGAAGAGUGCUAGCAGCCAGUCAGGGAGGUUCGCAGCUUGUCAAUUUGAUGAUCGCUGCUUGCAUGCCUCAGAGCUGGAUGGUGGAUUAUCCGGGCCUUCCGCCGGCGUCAUUGGCCAGCGCUCCCGAAAAGCCUUAUCCCAAUCACGCUACGGUGACAGCCAGGCCAGCGGACACUGAGCGACCUGUCAUUCUGGGACAUGCCGGCAGGUAAUGGCUGUUAUUAAUGCGGCGGGACUGCUGGUCAAAACAUGGCGCCCCGGAGAUCGCAUAAGAAGUCGCGGAAUGGAUGCGACCAGUGCAAGCAGAGACGAGUCAAGGUAGGGUUGUUGUUGUCCAAGCCAGCAGAGCUUUUUCGUUCGUUUUGCCCUUGCACCGCAUGCUUCCCCCCUCGCUGCUAUUAGCUAUUAGCUAUUGGGUCGUGUUAAGGCGUGGGAUGGAUGCUGUCUGUAUCAGGUCGAUGGCAUCGUAUCUCUGUCCUUAACUGGUUGUUGACCGAGCCUGGCUGGUCAGGCAUAAUAAUUGCUGCGUACCGGGCAACGCACAAUAUAUGAGGAUUUCAUAUAUGCCCAUCCACAUCCAACUCCCCCCAUCAGCCGCGAAGGUGCCUGGCCCCAUGCUUAUUUCUUGUUUCUCUCCUGUUAUAGUGUGACGAACGAGGCCCUCCUUGCACCAACUGUCAGAAUCGAGAGAUAAAUUGCGUUUACUCAUUGGCGGCUGCUCGCCGAGUCAAAGCAGCCUCAACGACGUCUGCCGAAGCGUCACCCAUACAAUCAUCCCUAUCACCAAACGCGCCUCCCGUCCCCAGCGGUAACCAAUACCAUAAUGGGCGGGCCGAGCCAAGUCCAGGCCCACCACCUCCUGUAGCACCACCUAUUCUUCCUCUACCUCCUGCCGUCCGCCUGCUUGAGUUCGAAUUAGCCCACAAAUACACUACCGAUUCAUAUAAAAGCCUUUCUGGCGUACCCGAAGACGGGUAUACAUGGCAGGUCCAUAUCCCACGUCUGGCAAUAUCUAGCCCUUUUUUGAUGGAUGGGAUCUUUGGGUUGGCAGCCCUGCAUAUAGCGUCAAGUGCGAAGCAUCCGUCUGAAAUUGUUUCGUACUUUGAUGCUGCUCUUCGAUAUCAUACCCUUGCCUCGUCACCUUUCCGUGAGGCCUUAAACAACAUCACACCUGCCAAUUGUGAAGCGGUCUUUGCCUUUGCCAUCAUCACUACGGUUUUCACAUUUUCCUCAACACAGAUAGCACCAGGCGGCAGGGAAAGCGGGACUGUACUUGAAGAUGUGAUAGCAAUAUUCGAGCUAUUGCAGGGAAUCAAAGGCAUCUUCUCAGUUAGCGAGGGUUGGCUGGAAGUCGGCUGGUUCUCGUCAAGCAUCAGGAUAGAAUCAGAGGAUCUCCCGGUAAAUAACGAGCCAGGAACUGAAAUUGCCUUCCGAAAGUUAAUGGCCUUUACGGAUGAGACGUUAGCCUCCGCCAGUGCGGAAGAGUAUAACGUUUUUAAGCGCCUAGUCCACAAGCUUGAGCUAUGUUUCUCAAUAUUCCGUGAGAAACAAGAUCAGAGCCUGGUAUUAUCAUGGCUAGGCAUGCUGGAUAAGAAUACCGUAUGCGAAGCUCGGCGCGGCAACCCCUUGGUACUGCUUCUCUUUAUGCAUUGGGCGGUUCUCAUGCAUCUCAUGGAACCUCGCACCUGGUGGGCUAAAGGCCUCGGAGCCGGGCUAGUUGCAGAGUUGCUAAAUCGAUUUCCGUCUGAUCCUCGGUUGGAUGAAAUGACUCGGUGGCCACGAGAGAAGGUAAACCUUCGCCCAAUCAAGCUUUUGGCAUAAAGUGUUUUGGGUCAAAUUGCACCGGCGCAGGAGGUAUGACGAUAAAAGCUGAGACCAGAGCAGGCUUGUUCUUCUUUUCUUUUCUUUUUCUUUUUCUUUUUUUUUUCUUUCACCUGCCCUUCUCCUCUCUGCGGAUGAGAUUAAUUAUCCUUCUCAAAAUGAUGUAACACGAUGGCAACGUUGCCUUCGUUAUACUUUAAGUUCAUCUUUUUUUUCCCAUGUAUAUUUUAGUUCAGCCGAUAAUGAACUCGUGUCUUCAAAUAUGCAAUCUCAACCAAAAAGUCUCAAUUUGGAGAGUUCCUGAGGUGAGGGUCUAGUUCAUCAGUUUGAAACUCAAGAAAAAAAAAGAUAUAACCAGUUCACUCACCAUUAGAAAACUCGGCGUUGGAGCCACCCAGGCGCAUGAUAGAGACCAAGUUACCCCGGCAAUCCUGCAAUAAUAUUUCUGUGUCUCAUUGCAUAUCACUCCACAUCCUUGAGUUAUAACAAUCAUGGGCCACUCCACAAUUCCCACUCCUUUUUUUUUCAGUUCUUCCAGGAAAUUAUAUCAUUAAAAAUAAAAAGAGACGCACAGGGUGUUCUUUCGGUGCCAAGAACGGGGGACUGUCGGACGAACGGGAUAUAAGAGUUAAAUGGCCAUAAUUUUUGACAGUAGUAUUCCGGAACUAUGGAGUACUAGGGCUGAACUGGCCAAGUACGAAACUCAGUUCAAGCAGGAUGCUAGGGCCAAAGAUGAGCAACGUUAAGACUCGCCCUGUCUCAUGGCGCCUGGAUGCCUGUGUUACCAAGUUAGGAUUCCUGUCCGACACUCAUGGGAAUCGAAUCCGACGAUAAUGCGAGAAAUGCCCGGAGACCAAGGCACGACGCUUUUGGUCGUGUGAUCGACUCUCUCUCAUCUUUUUGGCAUAUGUAAGGGGAGUGAGGCAGAGUGUCUUUUUGGGGUAUUAUGCGGCUCUCACUUCUGAUACCGUCCUGUU